AUGGAAGAGAAAAAAGACGAAGACUCUCCCUUUACCGAAAGAAGCGCUGAAGAAAUGGGGACUGAUAAAGUUGAUAAAGAAAAUGCGCAGUCUUCAGCAAAAAAUAGACAAAAAAUCCUUGAAGAAAUUGAGAUGAGAAACGGAAAGCUUACAAUUGACGAUGUUGAGCUUUCCGACCAAGAACUUAAAGUCAUCGAAAAAAAAUUGCUUGAAGUUGAAAAAGAUCUAGAAAAAUCCAUUGAAGAAACCCCAGUAAAUGUGAAAGGGGUGUAUUUGUCAGUCAUAGUCUCCUUAAUUUUCAUUGUUUUGAGCAUAUUCAUAAACAGGGUUGAUAAAUCAUCACCUCUUAGCCUUAAUAUAAUCGACAUUUUUGAAAAUACUAUUUGGGCUGGAGAUCCAAACAGAUAUUUUAAAGACAUCCAGUCCCUCACUGACUUAGACGCCUACUACAGAACGAUUUUUUUCCCAGGCAUCUUUACAAAUACAUUUAUAAAUAAAUACAACUAUGUUGUUGGGUUAAGGCUUACACUGAAAAAGGCCAGGCUCGUUAGCAAUCCUUUUUCUGAAUAUGAAGAAGCCGUUUGAAAGGUAAGAAAAGACCCAAACUUAGGCGCUGGGAUAGAGCGCACUGAUGGAGAAGAGAUCAAUGACCUAGGGAUUUUUAAUUAUACGAGUGGUGGAGGAUUUGAUAAAGCAGGUGGCUAUGUAGAAUUUUUUUGCAAUUUAACUCUAGAAGAUGCACUUGCUAAAUGAAGAAUAAUGAAACCUAUUUGGCUAAUACCUAAUAAUUUUGUCAGCAUUACUGCAGAACUUCUAGUUCAUAAUGGAAAUUUAAUGACAACAUUAUAUUAUUAUCAAACGGUCGAACGAACAAGUACUGGGAGAUUUAACCUUGAAAGCGAUAGCGUUGGAAUUUUUCCUGAAGCUUAUGAAACCUGGACUCUAGAGUCGAAAAUCGUGGUCAUUUUGGGAACCAUCUAUAUUGUUGGUUUUCUUAUCCAGAUAUUCAAGAUGGUUCAAAUUUUAUUAAGAGUAUGCACAACCCUCUGAACAAAAUUAAAGCUAGACGUAGCAUGGCACGAGUAUUUAGAAUUUAUGACUUUAGCUUUAGUUAUUACAUCAAUUUCGCUUUUUGUGCAAAAUGUGAUUGGAAAUAUUGGAAAACUUCAAAUUCCUAUUCACUCUGAAAGCGAGUUUACAGAUUUUAUAACGUACUGUCGAAAUUUCAAAAUUUUUAUCCGAGUAACCGCAGUUGCAGCUCUCUUGAUUAUAUUCCGAAUCCUUGUCAUCUUAAAAUCUAAGUUUCCUUCAUUCGGAGUGCUGUUUGAUACCAUAAAUAUGGCUAAGAAAGACAUUAUCAAUUUUGGGCUAAUCACUUUGCUCAUGAUAGUAGCGUUUUCUCUUUCCGCAUACCUAGGGUUUGGGAUAGAGGCAGAAGGCUUUUCCACGUUUGGCGCUACUAUUGCAUCUUUAUGGUCAUCUCUAUUUGGACGAGACAUAAUUUCAGAAAUACGCAGAGGAAACAUAAGUAUUUCUGGGGUCUUUUAUGUAGCAUAUAUGUCUUUGUUUUAUUUUAUAAUUUUGAAUACUUUUCUAGCAAUCGUUCUAAGUGUGUAUACUGAGCUAAGAAAAAGAUCACAACUGCUUCUAGAAGCUAAAGCACGUAUGCUGGCAGAAGACAGUCACAGACUCAUUGAGAUUUUGAUAAACUUAUUAUUAUUUAGGAUCAAAAAUACAUUAGAAGAAGAUGCGAUUGAGUAUCAAGCAUUAUCAGUAAAAACGACUGCAAAUGCUCAGGAGCAAGAAGAAAUCAAUGAAAGAUUGAAGAAGCUGGAAAAUGCAAUUUUACAUCAAAGUAGGCAAAAUAUCUUUAGCAUCGUUAAAUAUAAUUUUGGCCAAGUUCAGCUUGCCUUGAGGGGAGCAGGCUCGACACUGCUGACAAGAGAACAGAUGAUGCUUAAGUACAAAAACACUAUCAUGACAAUGGAACAAGAAAAGAAAAAGAAUGAAAUCCUCAAAAAAAUGAAGGAAAACGAAGUGAAUUACAAUUUUAAGCUCUUUGUUGAAAUGGUUUUGUACAUAAUUUUCAUUGUAAUUUAUGUCAUGUCUGUUAAGUAUCGAAUGAGAAUUGAAGACUCUUAUGCUAUGAAUACGCUAAUAUAUGACUCAAUAGCAGUUCCUCAAUUUGUUUACAAAGGAUCAAACACGACAUUUCUUGAAAUAUAUGACGCUGGCUCUGCUUAUGAGUUCCUGACAGCUAUUAUGGUCCCUUAUGUAGAAUCCACGACUGUGGGAACUCAAAACUACUUUUUAACUUCCCCAAAGAUCCGUUUCAAUAUGAACCGCUACAAAAUCCACGAAAAUAAAAACACAUUUUCUAGCUCUGUUAUAGCUUAUGUCUCCGACGAUCCAGGGGAAUGGCUGUAUGUUUAUUUAUAUUCCACAUGGUUUUUGUGCAGAAAAUUGUCCAAGGGUUUGAAUAACCGUGAAGCGAACUAUUCCACUCUUAGUGGUUUGGCUUGAGGGCAGUUUUUUGCCAGCAUCGCCCAGGCACAGGUUGGGUAUCAUAUAGAGGCAAGGCAGAUUUCCUGCCUAUGCUGCUUCGUGGCCUGUCUCGAAUCUCUUAAUGAGCUUUUCUUUUGGCAUUGAGCCAGGGGAAAAAGGGAAGACUGGCUAGACAAGAAUAUCAAGGAUACAGUCUGUUCAGUUUAAAAGGGACUCAUGAAAAGGGUGAUCUAGCUUAAGCUAAGUAGGGUUGAGUAAGCUGCUGGUUUGAAUGGAGGCUCUGGCAAGUCCGUAUGACUCUGACUAUUUAGGUAAAUUUCCUCUAUCGAUAAACCGGGGGCUUCAGCCCGGGCUCAAGUAAGCAGUGGAACGCCAUCACGCCGUGGAAUGCAUCGUGCUUAGGAAGUGGAGACUAUAAAGACACAUCUUAAUCUAAUCUAAUCUAAUAAAAUUUCAAUCCCUCUCCACCUUGCUAGCUUCAGGUUAUGAGCGUCCCUAAAAUCAAUGUGCUCAUAAUGUCACCAAAAAAUUGAUGACGUCGCCAGGUUAACAGGAAGACUCAUCAAAUGCUUCUAAAACAACGGAAUCUCUUUACAGUUGGCCAUUUUAAGGGCAUGUGGAAGUUUCAAUGCCUACUUCUAGAACUAUUCUGCCUUUUGCAGGCAGUAAAUUGAUAGCUAGUAUUUCGCUGUGGUUUUCUUGUCUACAGAUGGAGAAAAAAGCCUUGCAAGCUCAAAACUGAGACCCACCCUAAACUCUACCAAAUGCGAUUAUCAGUGCUUCAGCCUAAGGUCAGUCCUUAAGCUAUCGGGAGACGCGAGAAAUAGCUCCUGAUAUUAAUAAAACAGGGGGAUGAGAAGAAAGUGGGUUUCAAGGCAAGUCUUCCUUGACUAAAUUCAAGUACAUAGAGCCUGGCACAAAGGCCACGUUUAACGAAGAAGGUGGCUGCACUUAUGAGCUGUACCCCUAUUUGAAUUUUAAAAACGCUUUUAUCAAUUUCCAAGCUGACGACAUCAUUGGCAACCAGACAAGCUCUCUUGUAUUUGAGUGAGUCGUUUAUAACACGAACAUGAACAUGUUCAGCUAUGCCUACAUUUAUUUCAAUUUAGAUAUAUCAGGGAAAAUUACAACCAGGCUUUCCUCUCAAAGUGCUGAACUUGAUGCUUACAGUACAGAAAAUAAAGGAAGGGCAGCUCUUGACAUAAUUUUUAUUUUAUUUAUUGUUUAUUUUAUAUCACAGUUCAUUUAUGAGUGAUGGAUAAUAAUGAGAGGCUUGAUAGGACAAAGGCAAAAAAUUCAGAGAGGAAAAAGAGCAGUUAGAGAUGUCCUUGAUAAGCUUCUAGGAAAUAACCAGGACAAUGAAAAUCAAGGCAUAGGGUUCAUAGCACAGAUAGUAUGGAGGAAGAUACAGAAAUUUGUUGUAGGCAUAAUUUUUACUAUCAAACAGCUUAUACAGUCUUUGUGAAUCUUUUUAAAAAUGGAUGGAUGGCAGCUACUACAAUUGUUAUCAGUCAUUUUAUCAAUUAUCCAGUUCUCGUAUCUUGUGAGACUGAUAUCUAGUGACUUCAUAAAAAACUACGAAAUUAAUGAGACUUGGGAAAAUAAUAUUGGAGAAUUUGGAUAUAUUGCCAAGCUUUACCAGCAUUACGGCGUUGUAUCCUGCUUCAAUGCUUUGCUCAUAUUUUUAAGGGUUCUUAAAUACUUUGAGUUCAGUAAGCAGACAUCACUCCUUACUGAUAUUUUUGAUUCUGCGAAGCUUGAUUUGCUGUUCUAUAUCAUAAUGUUCUUUCUUGUGAUCAUAGGCUAUACAAUUAUGGGAUAUUUAAUUUUUGGCCAAGCUUUAGAUGAAUUCCAACAUUUUAAUUAUUCUCUCCUUUCAACCUUCGAUGUACUGAUAGGAAAAUUCAGCGUUGGCCGGUUUUUAGGUGCAGACGGUAAGAUUGGCAUGCUAUGGUUUAUCACCUUAAGUCUUGUAUUCAACUUGCUAUUGAUCAAUAUUUUUAUAGCAAUCGUUUACGCUCAUUAUAAUACCAAUAAAGCUGAUAGAAAUGCUAACACUAUUGGAUUUUUGAAAAAAAUUAUUUUGGUAAUAAAGGCAAGGAUAAAGAGGAAGAAAUAUAUGGACUGGGAAAACUCUGGCGAUGAAAAAUCAAGUACUAAAGCCAAUCAAAUCACAGAUUCUGAAGAUGAAAUCCCAAACAACUCUGUGAAACAAGAAUUUGAAGUAGAAGAAGCUAAGCCUAUCAAUUAUACAGUAAAUGCAUGACUUAAAAUGCUAGAAGAAAUGCUGCUCGUUAAAAGCAAUCAAAAAAUAAACUUACCAAAUCUAAAAGACGAGAACAAUAUUGAGGAAAAAAUUAUCCCACCAGCCCCACUCCAAGAAGUUGUUUUUGUAGAAGAGUCACAAUGGCUGCAAGAAGACCCGCUAGGCAAGCUGAGAAUAUGGAGGCAACUUUCUAUAUUGCAUAAUGACUAUCUCAGAAGAAAAAUUGAAAAGGCUAUACAGCAAGGCCUCGAACCUCCAGAGCUUUCAGAGUUAUCAGAACGACAAAUACAACUUUGGGAAAUUACACCACCUCAGGAUAAAUUAAGCAUGUGGAUGGGAGAAGAGUCUUUUCAGAAUGAAGAACGCGUUUUGGUAUGAAAUGCUGCACUUUUUGACAAAAAGAGGUUUGGAGAUGACAUUGAUGAAUGGAACAUAGAUAUGCAAAGAGAGUGUUGACUGGAUUUUGAUGAUAAAAAGAAAAAAGAUUUUGUGAAAAAGUGAAUUGAUGAUAUUAAACCUGUUACAAGAGCUUAUAAGGCAGCAACUAAUCCGAUUGGAUAUUUGCUGAAGCAAGAAUGGCUUUCUGAAGAUAAAAGAAUGCUAUUGUGGGUCAGCUUGCGGUUAAGCAAAAGCCCCAUCUCCACAAUCCAUACCCUAAAUAUCAAACUACCUAACCUUGAUAAUAAGAAAUAUAAGAGUUAUUGUAUAUUUUUAUAAGCUUAUAAAACAUUAUUUAUAGCAUGUUUACAAUAUUUAAAACUUUAUUUCACAUUCCUGCUAUAUAUAAAAAUUUUAUAUGGCUAGCAAAUUUAAGCAAAAGGAGGUGAACCAUGAUGGUGCACGAAUACAAAACUCAUAUAAUGACAGCUCUCAGGCGUCAUCUAAAGGAAUUAGCCCACCAGACAAGAUUUUUAAGCCGCUUGGAUGCCUCAUAUUUUUGUAUUAAAUUUAAAUGAGAUAUAUCAUACUUUAUAUAUAAAUAAGCUAUUUAAGCAUGCUAUAUCUGUUAAAAUACAUUAAUUUAGUGAAAUCGAUAUUAUAUAUAUUGUGCCUAUGAUAAAUAAUUAUGCUUGGAUUGAUUUAUUUUUAUCUAUCUAUUUUAAAGCAAAAUUCAACUGGAUUCAUACUUAAAGUGCGAUAAUUAAGCAAUAUUCAUCGUAUUUUUAUAUUAACUUUUAUUUAUUAGUCUAAAAAUUUUUGCUAACUCCCCCCUCUCCGUGAGUGAACAAAACCAUUAGAAAAAUCGCUAUUUUUUGCCAAAAAACCCACCCUCCGUGAGUGAACAAAAAUUUUUUUAAUAGAAAAAUUUUUUAUGGAAAAAAAAAAUUCGAUAUAUAAAUGAUAAUUAGUAUAAUGAAAUCUAGAGCUAAUUCUGUUUAAUUUUUAACGAAUUGCUUUUUAAAACAUAAAUUUUAUAAAUUAAAUUAAUAUUUGCUUUCCAAUUUUUGCGAAUUAGGAUUUUUUUAAAUUUCGAAAAAAAAAUUGUUUAUAAAAAUAUAUAUAUAAUUUUUUUUUUAAAAAAAAAAAUUAACCCCCCUCCAUGAGUGAACAAAAUAUUUUUUGUUCACUCACGGAGGGGGGGAGGGGAGUAAAUAAAAAAUUUUGUUUAUAGUAGGGAUAUACAAAAAAAGGCUCCGUGCUAAAUGACUGCGGAAAUUUGAUAGUACGGGGAAACUUUGUUCGAAUCAUUUUUGAUAGUGAGACAUUUGACCAAAAAAACCGUCAAAUUUCGGCUAAAUGGAUACACUAUUUAAAAAUUUUCGACCAAAAGUACUUCGGUGAAAUGGACACUAUCAAAAAGGAAAGUCAUUUGGCCUGCACCCACAAAAAAAGUAUUAAAAAAUGCUAUAAAUCGUGUUUAAUAGCGGAAAAGUAAAAAUACUGCAAUAACUCUUAUAUUUCUUAUUUAUUAAGGCUAGGUAGUUUGGUAUUUUGGGUGGUUGGGUUUAAUCUUGACCAAGCUUGUCUAAACACGAAAAAGUAAAAAUGACUCUUUAUCUUAAUCAGCACAACAGGGUUGAAGCUGAAAUCCUCAGCUAUCUCCUUCUUCAAGAAAGAGAUAAUAACGUUUUCAUUUUAGAUGAUAGUGAUGCACUUAUAACAAGUAUGCUAGAUUCGAAGCUUUAUGACAAAUUAUAUGAAUCUGCUGUUUUCCAAGCAGAAAAUAACGCAAUGCAAACAUCAAAAGAAAGAGUUGAAGAAACUCGUUAUGAGAUCAAAAAUUUAAAAAAUUUCCAGGUCCAUUUGGAAGAAGACCUAAAACAAUUUAAGAGGCAAAAUAAGACCUUAAAAGAAAAAGCAAAAAAAUUGAAGGCUAGGUGUGAGAGCUUGCUGAGAGGCCAAGAAUAA